AUGCAGGUAUUGUCAGACUUGUUUUGCACCUUUAUGAUAGACGUGACCAAUGAAUUUGAGCUACCAACUUAUACGUUCUACACUUGUGGUGCAACCCAUCUUGGUCUUAUGUUCCAUUUACAGAGCCUUAGUGAUGAAUUUAACAGAGAUAUUAUUAAUUACAAAGUUGGCCCUAAAGCAAGACUUUCUACAUCAACAUAUUUCAAUCCAUUUCCAGCAAAAUAUUUGUCCUCUAUAGUGUUGGACAAGGAAGGUGGAGCCACCAUGUUUCUCGAGCCCCAUGCAAUCAAAUCCCUUUUAGGAGACAAGAAUAUACCACCGGUAUACCUUGUCCGACCGAUGUUGAGCCUUAACAACGUUAAUGGUGACAACCUGAGUUCAUCAUACCAGAAUAUUAUGAAAUGGUUAGAUGAUCAACCCGUUUCAUCUGUAGUGUUCCUCUAUUUUGGUAGCGAAGGAAGUUUCAAAACAAAGCUAGUUAAGGAAAUAGCUUAUGCUCAGGAGAAUAGUUGGUGUUGGUUUUUGUGGCCAUUGAGGCGACCACCACAGAAAGAUGCAGGGCUUCCAGUGACUGAAAAUUUUGAAGAAGUAUUGCCAGAAGGGUUCUUGCAAAGAACACAAGUGGUUGGAAAUGUAUUGUCAGACUUGUUUUGCACCUUUAUGAUAGACGUGACCAAUGAAUUUGAGCUACCAACUUAUACGUUCUACACUUGUGGUGCAACCCAUCUUGGUCUUAUGUUCCAUUUACAGAGCCUUAGUGAUGAAUUUAACAGAGAUAUUAUUAAUUACAAAGUUGGCCCUAAAGCAGAACUUUCUACAUCAACAUAUUUCAAUCCAUUUCUAGCAAAAUAUUUGUCCUCUAUAGUGUUGGACAAGGAAGGUGGAGCCACCAUGUUUCUCGAUCUUACACGAAGGUUUCGAGAAACCAAAGGCAUUACGAUAAACACGUUUGUUGAACUCGAGCCCCAUGCAAUCAAAUCCCUUUUAGGAGACAAGAAUAUACCACCGGUAUACCUUGUCCGACCGAUGUUGAGCCUUAACAACGUUAAUGGUGACAACCUGAGUUCAUCAGACCAGAAUAUUAUGAAAUGGUUAGAUGAUCAACCCGUUUCAUCUGUAGUGUUCCUCUAUUUUGGUAGCGAAGGAAGUUUCAAAACAAAGCUAGUUAAGGAAAUAGCUUAUGCUCAGGAGAAUAGUUGGUGUUGGUUUUUGUGGCCAUUGAGGCGACCACCACAGAAAGAUGCAGGGCUUCCAGUGACUGAAAAUUUUGAAGAAGUAUUGCCAGAAGGGUUCUUGCAAAGAACACAAGUGGUUGGAAAUGUCAAUGCUUCAUUAUCAAAGUUGAACCUGAAAUUUUUUGGUUAA